AUGACAGGGGUUGGAGUGUGUUUUGGGACAGUGAACUCCAUCAAAGCUCUAUGGGAGACCAGGAUUAAAAAAAGCAAGGAUGAUUUGAAGAGGCAAAAGGAACUGACGGAGAAAGCUACCGUGGGUAGGUUGGCAGGUGCUUGGGAGGAUCGGAUUACCUUGACCAAAUUAAAAGAAAAAGUUGUGACGGAGGACGGAAGGGUCAUUCUUCGGAUCGAAAAGGAAGAAUGGAAGUCUCUGCCUCCGGUUUUGGUACAGCUGUCCCAGGUUCAGGAAUGGCAGCUACAUCGGAUAGGAUUACAAAAAAUCCCACGUUUCAUUGGCAGUUUUGAAAACCUCAUUGUGCUGGAUUUGUCUCGCAAUUCAAUCACAGAGAUUCCCAAAGAGAUCGGAAAACUGACAAAACUCAGAGAGCUGAUGGUGAGUUAUAACAGGCUAAACUGUGUGCCGGAAGAACUGGGCUCUUGUGAAAGCUUGGAAAAACUGGAACUGGCAAUGAACAGAGAUCUGGAUGAGCUUCCUGAACAGCUUAGCAAUCUAAAGAAGCUGUACCACUUAGAUCUCUCAAUGAACCAGUUCACCACCAUCCCAGACUGUGUUGUCAGUCUCCCUGCGCUAGAAUGGCUAGAUAUGGGUGGCAACAGGGUGGAAUACUUGCCAGAGGACAUCCACAGGAUGGAAAAUCUGCAUACUUUGUGGCUACAGAGAAACGAGUUGGAGUACCUGCCAGACAAUAUUAGCCGAAUGCAGAGUCUGGACACGCUAGUUCUCAGCAGUAACAAACUGCGAGACAUUCCUCCACUGAUGGAGGGUAUGAGCAAUCUUAGAUUUGUAAAUUUCAGAGACAACCCCCUGACAUAUGAUGUGUCUCUGCCGGAUUCGCAAACAGAAGUUGAUGAGGAAGAAGAUACCAGAGAGAUGUUCGGCAAAGAGUUCAUGCACUAUUACAUCAACGAAUCACGAAAAAGAGACUCAAAAACAUAUACGUCAGUCCUAAAUGUUACCGUGGAUGGAGUGAUAGAGAUGGAACCAUCUGAGUGA